AUGGGUUCUCAUGGUAAGAGUAGGAGAGAUAGACAUGGAAGGCAAAAGAAGCGGAGAGAUGAAUCCGAGUCUGAGUCAGAGUCUUACACUUCUGACUCGGACGGUUCAGAUGAUUUGUCGCCGCCCAGGAGUUCCAGGAGGAGGAAAGGCAGCAGCAGUAGUCGGACCCGACGCCAUCGCUCAAGUGAUGAUUCCACUGACAGCGAUGAUGGACGGAAGAGUAAGAAGAGAACUUCGUCUAAGAAGCCCUCUGAGGAAGAAAUCAAGGAGUAUAUGGCCAAAAAGGCUCAGAAGAAGGCAUUACGUGCAGCAAAGAAACUGAAAACACAGUCAGUCUCGGGGUACUCCAAUGAUUCAAACCCAUUUGGGGAUUCGAAUCUCACUGAGACAUUUGUGUGGCGGAAGAAGAUUGAAAAGGAUGUUCACCAUGGAGUACCGUUGGAUGAAUUUUCUGUUAAAGCUGAGAAGAGAAGACGAGGAGAAAGGAUGACAGAGGUUGAAAAGGUUAAGAAGAGGAGAGAAGAAAGAGCUGUGGAGAAAGCUCGACAUGAGGAAGAAAUGGCAUUAUUGGCUAGAGAACGGGCUCGAGCUGAGUUUCAAGAUUGGGAGAAGAAAGAGGAGGAGUUCCACUUCGAUCAAAGCAAAGUGAGGUCAGAGAUCAGAUUACGUGAAGGUCGACUGAAGCCAAUCGACGUCCUCUGCAAGCACUUGGAUGGUUCAGAUGAUUUGGAUAUCGAACUUAGUGAACCCUACAUGGUUUUCAAGGGCCUCACUGUUAAAGAUAUGGAAGAGCUUCGCGAUGAUAUCAAAAUGUAUCUGGAUUCGGAUCGGGCAACUCCAACACGCGUACAGUAUUGGGAGGCGCUUAUUGUGGUAUGCGAUUGGGAGUUGGCUGAAGCUCGUAAAAGGGAUGCCCUGGAUCGAGCUAGAGUUAGAGGGGAGGAGCCUCCUGCGGAAUUGCUUGCUCAAGAGAGGGGACUACACGCUGGUGUUGAAGCUGAUGUGAGAAAACUUCUUGAUGGGAAGACCCACUCGGAGCUCGUAGAACUGCAGUUGGACAUCGAGUCACAGCUGCGUUCUGGGUCAGCAAAAGUAGUAGAGUAUUGGGAAGCGGUUCUUAAACGCCUCGAUAUAUACAAGGCAAAGGCUUGCUUGAAGGAAAUACACGCUGAGAUGUUGAGGAGACAUUUACAUCGCCUCGAGCAGCUUUCAGAGGGUGAAGAAGAUGUAGAAGUUAAUGAUGAGUUAACACGAGAAGUGGAAGAAAACGAGGAGGAGAUAAACGAUAUGAAUCCUUCAAAUGCUGAGGAAGUAUACUCUCCAGAGCCUAUUGCGGAGGAAGAAGAAGCAGAUUUGGCAGCAGAAGCGGCUGGUUCGUUUUCACCGGAGCUCAUGCACGGUGAUGAUCGUGAAGAAGCAAUCGAUCCCGAGGAAGACAAGAAACUACUGGAAAUGAAACGGAUGGUUGUGCUGGAGAAACAAAAGAAGCGGCUUAAAGAAGCUAUGGUCUCAAAACCAGCACCUGCGGAAGAUAAUUUGGAGCUUAAAGCAAUGAAAGCCAUGGGAGCAAUGGAGGAAGGUGAUGCUGUAUUUGGCUCUAAUGCUGAAGUGAACCUUGAUUCCGAGGUAUACUGGUGGCAUGACAAGUACCGGCCAAGAAAACCGAAGUACUUCAACAGAGUUCACACAGGUUACGAGUGGAACAAGUAUAACCAAACGCACUAUGAUCACGAUAACCCGCCUCCAAAGAUCGUUCAAGGGUACAAGUUCAACAUCUUCUACCCGGAUCUAGUAGACAAGAUUAAGGCUCCCAUCUACACGAUCGAAAAAGAUGGCACGAGCUCUGAAACUUGUAUGAUCCGGUUCCAUGCUGGUCCGCCUUAUGAAGACAUUGCGUUCCGUAUUGUGAAUAAAGAGUGGGAGUAUUCUCAUAAGAAGGGUUUCAAGUGCACGUUUGAGCGUGGGAUUCUGCAUUUAUACUUCAACUUUAAACGACAUCGUUACAGGCGAUAA